GCUCGUCAAUUUUCAAUCACUCUGUAGAAUUUGGGAAACUCAAAACAACCGUUGGUUCCAAUGUGCGUUUUCGGAUGAUACAUCUUUUCGGCCACUUUCGCUAAAAACAUUCGGAAGAGGCCUUUUCAAUCUGGGCCACAGUGAGAGAGAGGUUCGGUGGGUAGUUGGGUGCAGAGCUAUUUAAACGAUCCAUUGAGUGAUCAGCAGCCUGGUCUUUGCUUUUGGGUAUCUGCGAUCUUCAACUUUGGAUUGUUUCUCGGAGUUGUUUCUUUGUGGUUGCAGCGUACACCUGUUAGACGAUGAUCAGUUUUAGUGAGUUAUGGACCACAAAAACGUUGAUAGGCCUCGGGUUGGGACAGUUUCUGUCUCUGCUGAUCACUGCCACGGGCUUCGCAUCUUCCGAGCUGGCCAAAAAAGGUCUUGAUGCUUUUUAGUAUGCUAAUUCUUCAUAAUUCUGUUGAAUAAAUCUUCUGGUCAAGUUACUGGUAGCCAUGGAUGUUUAAAGAUGCAAAUUUUCCCAGUGCAGCUGAUAAUAAGGAAUCGAUGCACCAACUUCACAGUCUUUUCUGAACUAUGUGUUAUUGGCGAUUGUUUAUGGGAGUAUUGUGCUUUACAGAAGGCAACCACUCAAGUUGUAAAGGCAUACCAAUAUACAUCACUAACAAGUGUGAUGCUGCUUGACUGCUGGUCCAUUCCAUCUGUCAUGCUGCUGACAUGGCUCUUCUUGAAGACAAAAUAUAGAUUUAAAAAGAUAACUGGGGUAAUUGUUUGUGUUGCUGGUCUUGUUGUGGUAGUGUUUUCAGAUGUUCAUGCAGGUGAUCGUGCUGGUGGAAGCAAUCCUCGUAUAGGGGAUAUUCUUGUCAUUGCUGGUGCUACCUUGUAUGCUAUCAGUAAUGUCAGUGAGGAGUUUCUAGUGAAAAAUGCUGAUAGAGUUGAGCUCAUGGCAAUGUUGGGUAUCUUUGGUGGCAUUAUCAGCGCUAUUCAAAUAAGCAUACUUGAGCGUAGUGAGCUCAAAUCUAUUCAUUGGUCAGCUGGAGCAACACUUCCAUUUGUUGGGUUCGCAGUGGCAAUGUUUCUGUUCUACUCAUUAGUCCCUAUCCUGCUUAAGAUCAAUGGGUCCACCAUGCUGAAUCUGUCUCUGCUGACUUCAGACAUGUGGUCUGUCUUAAUUCGGAUUUUUGCAUACAAUGAGAAGGUUGAUUGGAUGUAUUUUGUGGCUUUUGGUGCCGUUACAAUUGGGCUUGUUAUCUACUCUGGGGGUGACAAAGAUGAGCAUCAAGAUCAGGCUGUUAUUGAUGCAAAUGCAGAGCGAAGUAAACAGGACGAGGAAGCCAGUUUAGGAAAUCAUAAUAGAGGAACUGUGGCUGGAAGCUCAAAAGGUUAGGGAGCUUGGGAAAGUGCAGAUAGAAAAGAUGGAUGAGGAGAGAAACCAUGAGGAAAUAGUCCCUCAAAAAUGAAGAACAUUCAAAACUCAAAUCCCAUUUGCGGAUCAAGCAAAACUACUUGCCACGCAUCACACAUGAAGUCCUUUUCAUUUAGAUCUCUGUUUUUGCCCAGUUUCAUGUCAUUCCAAAUAAGAAAUGUAGAUGGAAUUUUGAGUAAAUUAUUUUGGAAAUGAGUUAACUAUUUGUCCACGGAUUGCUUUGUGCCUUACAGCAUUCUUUCCUAUUUCUGCCGCACUGGCCAUUGUUAUAUAUGUAUUAAUUUCAGGAACGUUAAUAAUAUAACGCUCCUUUAAGAUC